UUAACUCAACCCUAGCCUUUGGAGUUGGAGUGACCCAAGGAAAUGAUAAACAAAAUUCCUGCCCUAGAUCUCUAAUUGCAUUUUCAUUUCUUUUUCGAUGAACCUCCGAUUUCCUUUCUCCGCGUGGAGAUGGCGGUGAAUUUUGAAUUCUUCACCGUCGAUUGGCCUUCCAGUUCCAUGCGCUUGCUCAUUCGAUGUUGAAGUUCUGGUAAUCGUUUUGGACAUCUAGUCUUCUCUAGGGUUCUACUUCUUGUUUUUGGUUGGCGGAUGGAACCUCGCGUCGGGAAUAAGUUUCGGCUUGGCCGGAAGAUCGGUAGCGGCUCGUUCGGGGAGAUCUAUCUCGGUACUAAUAUUCAGACGAAUGAAGAGGUUGCGAUUAAACUGGAAAAUGUCAAGACGAAGCAUCCUCAGUUGCUUUACGAGUCUAAGUUAUACAGAAUCCUGCAGGGAGGAACUGGCAUACCGAACGUAAGAUGGUUUGGAGUUGAAGGAGACUACAAUGUUCUUGUAAUGGAUUUGCUUGGUCCCAGUCUUGAAGAUCUAUUUAACUUCUGCAGCCGAAAGCUUUCUCUGAAGACAGUUCUUAUGCUUGCGGAUCAAAUGAUCAACCGCGUUGAAUUUGUCCAUUCUAAAUCUUUUCUACAUCGGGAUAUCAAGCCAGACAAUUUUCUCAUGGGGUUGGGGAGGCGUGCAAAUCAGGUUUACAUCAUUGACUUUGGUCUUGCUAAGAAAUACAGAGAUAGUUCUACCCAUCAACACAUCCCUUACAGAGAAAACAAGAACUUGACUGGGACUGCAAGAUAUGCAAGCAUGAACACUCACCUUGGGAUAGAGCAAAGUCGAAGGGAUGACUUGGAGUCUCUUGGUUAUGUCCUUAUGUACUUCUUAAGAGGAAGUCUUCCCUGGCAGGGACUGAAAGCAGGAACUAAGAAACAGAAGUAUGAGAAAAUUAGUGAGAAGAAAGUAUCUACCUCUAUUGAGGCAUUAUGCCGCGGUUAUCCAUCAGAAUUUGCGUCAUAUUUCCAUUACUGCCGAUCGCUACGUUUUGAUGAUAAGCCAGAUUAUGCUUAUCUGAAAAGAAUAUUCCGUGAUCUCUUCAUACGUGAAGGUUUCCAGUUUGAUUAUGUGUUUGACUGGACCAUUUUAAAGUAUCAGCAGUCACAGCUGGCCACUCCUCCAACCCGUGCACUAGGUGCCGGUGCUGGAACCAGUUCCGGAAUCCCUCCUGGAAUAGCUAGUGCUGAUAGACAGCCGACAGGUGGAGAGGAGGCACAACUAGCUGGGUUGUCUUUGAUGGAUUCAUCUAGGCGGAGGGUAUCCGGGCUGGCUAUGAAUUCUGGGACUUUUGCAAAACAGAAGAGUCCAAUUGCCAAUGAUACUGCACUCCCUAAAGACGCAGUGUUUUCAGGCUCUAAUAUUGUGGGGCGAUCGAGUGGAUCAUCAAGACGGGCUGCUGUAUCGAGUAGCCGGGAUCCUUAUAUUGGAAGCGAAUCAGAUCACCACCGCUCUCGAACAACCGAUGCUAGUCCUGGGGCAUUGCAUAAGAGCAUAAGCGUGCAGAGAAGUCCACCAGUUGGACCGGCAGAACCCAAGCGCAGCGCAUCCGGAAGGCACACUGGACAUGUAAAGAAUUAUGACUCUGCUUUGAAGGGAAUCGAAGGGCUGCAAUUGGAGAAUGAUUAUUAGAGCAGGUCACCUCGGCGCUCUUUAUGUUCAGUUCAGUUGUACAAGAAUUUUCUGGUGUGGGACAAUGCUAUGCUGUAGAAUAGGAAGGAGAUAUUGUCACCUUCAUUUAAGGGGUGGUGGUGUGAUUUCCAACCAACGUACUCCAUUUAUGGAUUCGUCUUCUGAAAAAAAAAACGGCCUUUAAUUUAGACAGACAACAACCCACUCAUGGCUUUAUUGGGAUUUGUUAUGUAAAGUCCACGUUCAGUGAUUGGUGCCACUAUUUUCAUUACAUUACUACGUGCAUUCCACCAAAAACAGGCAAAGAAAACAAAAACUUGUGAAAUUAGUUGCUUCUUUCGUAUUGGAACAUAAUCUACCCAACCAUUGGAAAUGUGUA